GUCCAGUUCCAUACAAUUCAGUCUUCUUCUCCAUUUCUCCACCCCUUUUUAUUGCCGGGUCUGUCGCACCGUUAAAAGAUUCACAAUAUCUCUCCUCUCUACUUUCUCUCUCUAGAUUUCUCUCUUCAUUUAUGGCCAAAGGCAGUGGACUCUCCUUUGGGUCAGAUCCAAUCUUCUUCCUUCACAAACCAAUAGUUAUAAAUUCAUUUCCGGAGGAUCACAGCAAGAGGUUUGCGGCCAUGGAUGCCACUAAAAACCAGUCCACUACCACUAUUCAAUUCCCAGUCAACCUCAACUGUGCUCACCCAGAUUCUCCGGUUCCCGACGACGAAAAGCCCAGAAUUGUCGAUGAGAUGGACUUUUUUGCUGAUAAAAACCGCGACUCCAAGCCACCCACUACAGAUAACAAGAACUCUCCCUAUUAUUUCAAUGUAAACACUGGCUUGCACCUUCUUACUGCUAAUACCAGCAGCGAUCAGUCCAUGGUGGAUGAUGGGAUGUCGCCCCCGAACGUGGAUGACAAGCGAGUUAAGAAUGAGCUGGUGGUUCUUCAAGCUGAGAUCGAGCGGAUGCACGCAGAGAAUGAGCGAUUGAGGAGCAUGCUGAACCAGGUUACUAACAACUACAACGCACUCCAGGUGCAUAUGGUGGCACUGAUGCAAGAUCAGAAGGCGGAGAACAAUGAAGAACAUGAUCAGAAGCAUAGUGGUAAUAAUAACGGAGGAGUUGUGGUGCCUAGACAGUUUAUUGAUCUUGGCCUUGCUGCUAAAGCUGAAGUCGAAGAGCCUUCGCUGUCUUCAUCAGAAGGAAGGAGCGGUGACCGAUCCGGAUCACCCAUAAACAACGGAGAAGUGGGUUCGAAGGAGUUGGAGCUGAGGAAGAAUGAGAAGAAGGAAUACAGCAGUGGAAUUGGAAGAGAAGAAAGCCCAGAUCAAGGAUCCCAAUGGGGAGCUAACAAGGUUCCCAGGUUGAAUCCCUCCAAAAAUGUUGAUCAAACCGAAGCAACCAUGAGGAAAGCCCGUGUCUCAGUUCGAGCACGAUCUGAAGCACCUAUGAUCACUGAUGGAUGCCAAUGGAGGAAGUAUGGGCAGAAGAUGGCAAAGGGAAAUCCAUGCCCUCGAGCUUAUUAUCGAUGCACCAUGGCUGCAGGUUGUCCGGUCCGCAAACAAGUGCAAAGAUGCGCGGAGGAUCGGAGUAUUCUCAUCACCACAUAUGAAGGUAAUCACAACCACCCACUGCCGCCUGCUGCCAUGGCAAUGGCGUCGACCACUUCGUCUGCAGCGCGAAUGCUACUGUCCGGGUCAAUGCCCAGUGCUGAUGGGCUAAUGAACUCCAAUUUCCUCGCCAGGACCGUCCUUCCUUGCUCCUCUAGCAUGGCUACUAUAUCAGCUUCAGCCCCAUUCCCUACUGUUACAUUAGACCUUACUCAAAACCCCAACCCCUUACAAUUCCAAAGGCCACCAAGCCAAUUCUAUGUCCCCUCCCCCAACCCAACUCAGAACCUCGCCGGGCCGGCCGCUGCAACACCCUCUUCACUGCUGCCUCAAAUCUUCAAUCAAGCCCUUUACAAUCAGUCAAAGUUCUCUGGCCUGCAAAUGUCUCAAGACAUGGAAGCAGCUCAAUUACCGACCCACCACCAACCAUCAUCACAGCAACAGUCACAGCAGAACUCUCUGGCUGAAACGGUGAGUGCAGCAACUGCUGCCAUUACAGCUGACCCCAACUUCACUGCAGCACUAGCGGCUGCCAUCACCUCCAUUAUUGGUGGUGCUCAACCUCAACCAAACAGUAGUACUAACAAUAACGCCAACACCACAGUCCCCACCACCAGCAACAGUGGCAACAUUACUACUAGCAACAGCAAUAGUAAUGGCAGCAACAAACUCUGCAAUUCAAAAUUUCCAGGGAACUGAUCAUCAUCAUCAUCAUCAAGUAAUUCAUUCUCCCUCAAUUUUUGUUUUUUUUUGGGUUGGGAAAUGGGAUAGUACAAUUUUUUUGUUAUCAGAAUAAUGUGAUCCUAGUUGUUUGUCAAUACAUGAGAAAAUGAAAAAAGAAAAAAGAGAAAAUAAAGUGAAUAGAUAUUGUUUCUUUGUA